AUGGGAGGAAAAGUUGAUGCUUCUGUCAACCAAACAAAGGGGCCAAGAACAUUCAAAUUAUCUGGACAAAACUAUCAUCAAAUCGGGAGUUUAUUGCCUCCUGAAGGAUCCACUCCCAAGUUUGCCCAAUUAUAUAUAUACGACACAGAAAACGAAGUUCAGAAUAGAAUCCAUGCACUGGGUCGUGGUGAUAGAAUAAACCAACUUCAUGCUGAAAUUGUUCAAGAUGUGAAACAAAUGCUUGAUGACCAGAAUGUUUUGACAAAGUCAUUUAGAAUGGUGAGAGACAAAUUUCAGGAAGAUAGUCAGUCCAAUGUUAGACUCAGAUUGAUAGGAAAACGUAACUAUGAUGGAAGAAAAUACAACUUACCAACAAUUUCAGAGGUUGCUGCUUUGGUAGUGGGAGAUUUUGAUGUAUCUAGAUGUGACCGAGACAUCAUCGUUGAAACACAGUCUGGACAUCUACAAAGGAUAAAUGAGUUGAAUGCUGCCUAUUUAGGUCUUCAGUAUCCUUUAUUGUUUCCAUUAGGUGAAGAUGGUUAUAGGGAAGACAUUCCUUUAAAUGGAAAUGACGAAUCAAGUGGAGGAAGGAAUUUUGUUAGCAUGCGUGAAUAUUUCGCAUACAAAAUUCAAGAAAGGAAUAGCGAAUUACCAACAAUUGUGAACUCAAGACGAUUAUUUCAACAAUUCUUGGUCGAUGGAUUUACAAUGGUUGAAUCGUCUAGGUUGAAGUAUAUCAGAACUCAUCAAAAACAAUUGCGAGCUCAUAUGUAUAAAGGAUUAGAAGAUGCAGUUUUACAUGGAGAGAUAAAUCCUUCUUCUCAAGGUAAAAGGGUAAUUCUUUCAUCUAACUUCACAGGGGGUGCAAGAUACAUGAUUCAAAAUUAUCAAGAUGCUAUGGCAAUCUGCAAGUGGGCUGGAUAUCCAAAUCUCUUCAUCACAUUUACUUGCAACCCAAAGUGGCCUGAAAUAAGUAGAUUUGUAAAGAGCAAGGGCUUGCAACCAGAAGAUCGCCCAGACAUUUUAUCUAGGGUGUUCAAAAUCAAAUUGGAUCGUUUAAUAAAGGAUUUGAAAGAGAAACAAAUUUUUGGAUCAGUUAAAUCAGGUAUAUAUUUAAUCUAUUUUAAUAAAUUCUUAUCAUAUUUGUGA